CUUCAGCACCUGGACAGCGACCUCCGCGAAACAAGCAUCAGUCAGAUGGUGCUGAACACAGCGCGACUCACAUCGCUCUACGCAAAGACAUGGCUUGAAAUUCUGCGAUAAAGUGCUCCUCUUAAGUCUUUUGUUGUUUAAAUGUCUAAUCGUUGCUUUUAAAUAUAUUAUCACUGAGUGGCACUGCCGAGAAACGUUGGUUAGUGCGGCGUCUCCUCAUCUAGGCUUCAUUCUGUGGAACUGCUCAUCCGGACAGUGCAGUGCAGCGCAGGUUGUGGCACUAGGAGGAAAAGUAACUGUGAAGGCGCGCGCAUCUCAGCUCAUAUCUCAGCAGCGCAGUACGCGAAGAUGCAGCGACCCACCAGGACCGGGUUGAAGCUCUUGCUGUGGAUUUUUAGUCACCUCAGCAUCUCUCAGGCAGCUUCUCCAUCAUCCCAAAAAUGUGAUGAAGCGCUGGUCACGCCACUCCCCCAUAAUGCCUUCACCAGCUCCUCUGUGUUCACCAGUGGUUAUGCACCUGGUUACGCCAAGCUAAACAAGAGAGGAGGUGCUGGGGGAUGGUCUCCGCUUGACAGUGAUCAUUACCAGUGGCUGCAGGUCGACCUGGGAAGCAGGAAACAGGUCACAGCCAUCGCAACACAGGGUCGAUAUAGCAGUUCUGAUUGGACAACAUGCUACCGGCUCCUCUACAGUGACACGGGCAGGAACUGGAAACCAUACCAUCAAGAUGGAAACAUCUGGGCAUUCGCAGGUAACUCCAAUACAGAGAGUGUGGUUCGGCAUGACCUGCAAAACCAAGUUGUGGCUCGUUACAUGCGCAUCAUUCCUUUAGACUGGAGUGAAGAGGGACGGAUCGGCCUCAGGUUCGAGAUCUAUGGGUGCCCUUAUUGGGCAGAUGUGAUUAAUUUUGAUGGGCAGGGGGUGAUCUCUUACCGCUUUAAAAUGAAGAAGAUGAAGAUUUUGAAGGACGUGAUUGCGCUGAAGUUUAAAACAUCAGAUAGUGACGGGGUGAUUCUGCACGGCGAGGGUCAACAGGGCGAUUACAUCACCCUGGAGUUGAGAAGAGGCAGACUUCUGCUGCAGAUAAACCUCGGCAGUAAUCAGUAUGGCUCCAUCCUGGGCCAUACAUCUGUGACCAGCGGCAGUCUGCUAGAUGAUCAUCAUUGGCAUUCUGUAGUAAUUGAGCGCUACAGGAGAAAUGUCAAUUUCACCCUUGAUCAGCAUACUCAGCACUUCCGCACCAAUGGGGAGUUUGACCACCUUGACCUGGAUUAUGAGCUGACUUUUGGAGGAAUGCCUUAUUCUGGCAAGCCAAUCUCAGGAGGCAGAAGGAACUUCAAAGGCUGCAUGGAGAGCAUAAACUACAAUGGAGAGAACAUCACCGAUCUGGCCAGAAGAAAGAAACUAGACACUUCAAGCUUUCGGAACCUGACGUUCUCCUGUGUGGACUCGCACACAUUCCCUGUCUUUUUCAAUGGCACCAGCUUCCUGCAGCUUCCAGGCAGGAGGGACCACAAUAUGGUGUCUGUGGGUUUCCAGUUCCGUUCUUGGAAUCCAAGUGGUCUGCUCCUGUUCAGCUCCCUGGCAGAUGGAAUGCUGGAACUGUCUCUAAAUGAUGGAAAAGUCAUAGUGCACAUCAACGUCACCCAGCAAAAAAACAUGCGUAUAGACAUUGCAUCAGGUUCUGGCCUGAAUGAUGGAGAAUGGCAUGAUGUUCGUUUCCUGGCCAAAGAGGACUUUGCCAUGCUGACCAUUGAUGGUAAUGAAGCAUCGGCUGUUAGAACCAACUCACCUAUCAUGAUCACAACAGGAAGCACAUACCACUUUGGAGGUUAUUUUUUAAGAACCAGAGCAUCUCCAUCCCAGCGCUCAUUCCAGGGUUGCAUGCAGCUCAUUCAGGUGGACGAUCAGCUGGCCGACCUGACUGCAGUGGAGCAGGGGAGGAUGGGAGCCUUCGAGAAUGUCAGCCUGGACAUGUGUGCCAUCAUUGACAGAUGUAUGCCAAACCACUGUGAACAUGGAGGCAGAUGCAGUCAGACCUGGGAAAGGUUUACAUGCACAUGUGAUGGGACGGGGUAUACUGGAGCUACCUGUCAUACAUCUGUUUAUGAGCAGUCCUGUGAAGCCUACAAGCACUUGGGAAGAUCUUCUGAUGCCUAUUGGAUUGACCCAGAUGGAAGUGGACCAUUAGGUCCAUUCAAAGUCAUCUGCAACAUGACAGAGGACAAGGUGUGGACAACUGUGGUGAAUAACCUGCCAGCACAGACAGCAGUGACAGGCUCUAGCCGGGACAAACGGACAGUACUGCAGCUGAACUAUAGUGCCUCUAUGGAGCAGGUCACAGCCAUAACCAAUAGUGCUGAACACUGCGAACAGCACAUUUCCUAUGUCUGCCGAAUGUCACGCCUACUCAACACACCAGACGGAACGCCUUACACGUGGUGGGUUGGCCGCGGUAGCGAGAAGCACUUUUACUGGGGCGGCUCUGGGCCCGGCAUUCAGAAAUGCGCAUGCGGCAUUGAACGCAACUGCACCGACUCCAAAUACUACUGCAACUGUGAUGCCGACCAGAAGCAGUGGAGAGACGAUUCUGGGCUUCUAGUGUAUAAAGACCACUUACCGGUCAGCCAAGUGGCUGUCGGGGACACAAAUCGACCCGGCUCGGAGGCCAAGCUGACAUUGGGACCACUACGUUGCCAUGGAGAUCGUAGCUACUGGAAUGCAGCAUCCUUCAAUACACCCUCUUCAUAUCUGCACUUCUCCACUUUUCAAGGAGAAACAAGUGCUGACAUCUCCUUUUACUUCAAGACCUCUGCUCCCUACGGCGUCUUCCUAGAAAACCUUGGGAACACAGAUUUCAUCCGUUUAGAGCUGAAAUCCCCCACAGUGGUGUCAUUCUCGUUUGAUGUGGGAAAUGGGCCUGUGGAACUGAACGUGCACUCUCCUACCCCGCUGAACGAUGACCAGUGGCACCGGGUCAGUGCGGAGAGGAACACGAAAGAGGCCAUUCUGCAACUGGACCAGAAAUACAAGGAAGUCAGACCUGCACCUACACAGGGACACACACGCCUGGAGCUCUACAGCCAGCUAUAUGUGGGUGCAGCUGGAGGUCAGAGAGGGUUUCUCGGAUGCAUCCGAUCUUUGAAGAUGAAUGGGGUGACCCUUGAUUUGGAAGAGAGGGCAAAAGUCACUCCUGGCGUAAAGCCCGGUUGUUCGGGUCACUGCACCAGUUUUGGGAUGUAUUGCCGCAAUGGGGGCAAGUGUGUGGAAAAAUACAAUGGCUAUUCUUGUGACUGCACUACCACAGCUUAUGACGGACCUUUCUGUUCUAAAGAUGUUGGAGGGUUUUUUGAGGCAGGCACACUGGUCAGGUAUAACCUCAUACCAGAAGUGGUGGCUGAGGCCUCCAGCCUGGAUGAGAAGAGCAAAAUCCCGAGCCUUCCGAUAGAGACCAACCUGACACGAGAAGAUCUAACCUUCAGUUUCAGUACAUCCACUUCUCCUAGUAUACUGGUCUACAUUAGCUCGAAGACCCAAGACUACAUGGCCGUGGUGCUCCGUCACAAUGGUACCCUGCAGCUGCGGUACAGCUUGGGUGGUCUCAGAGAACCCUUCACCAUUGAUAUUGACCAGAGGAACCUGGUAAAUGGGCAGCCUCACACCGUCAACAUCUCCCGAGUGGAAAGAGACAUAGAGAUACAGCUAGAUCAUUAUCCUCCAGUCAGCUACACCCUGCCUGAAGCCUCAGACACACAGUUCAAUCUGGUGAAGUCACUCUUUCUGGGUAAAGUGUUUGAAACUGGCCACAUCGACCCAGUACUUAUAGAAAAAUACAAUACCCCCGGGUUUGUGGGCUGUCUGUCCAGAGUGCAUUUCAACAACAUCGCUCCCCUGAAGGCCGCACUCAGGUCCCGUGGUUCUGUCUGGCCCGUUUCACACCAGGGUAAACUGGUGGAAUCGAACUGCGGAGCGUCACCCCUCACAAUCCCACCCAUGUCUGCUGCAACUGACCCAUGGCACCUAGAUGCAGGUGUUGAUUUCCCCUUCAAUGAGGAAAGAGUAAUACCAGAUGGGGUUAAUAGGAACUCAGCUAUAAUAGGAGGCAUCAUCGCAGUGGUGAUCUUCACUAUUCUGUGCACUCUGGUGUUUCUAAUCCGGUACAUGUUCCGCCAUAAAGGCACCUACCAUACCAACGAGGCCAAGGGGGGUGAAUCCUCUGGAUCAGCUGAUGCGGCCAUUAUCAGCACUGACACCAAUUUCACAGAGACCAUCGAUGAAAGCAAGAAGGAAUGGUUCAUCUAAUGCAGCAGCUCUGACCAGAGCUGAGGGCUGGGGGUGUAUAAACUGUUUCAGAAUCUUUUUUUUUUUUUUUUAAGUAUCAGAACUAACAUUUUGGGAUCAAGCUCAUCUCCAGUUUUAGAAACUGUUCUGUACAUAGUAACUGGCUUCACUCUUUCUAUUGUGUUCUUAAAAAAUCUUUUAAGUUUAAUAUAUCUGGUUGUCACAUGUUAAUACAUCAUUUCACCCUGCAUUCUUUUGUAAAAAAUAAAAAUAAAAAUAAAAUUGUUGGUCAAAAUCCUUUCAUUUAUGGAAAGUUUAAAGUAACAUAAUAUUAUCUUUUGUGUGUUCUUUUGUUUACUCUUACAUGCAAUUAUUGUGUAAAAUGUUUUAGAAUGACUGUAAAUGCUAAAUGCUCUAUUUGAAUAUUUUCAUUUAACUCAUUGCACAAUUGACAGAGAUUUAAUUUAAAAAUGACAUUAGAAUGUAUAUCAUCUGUAUUUCAGUGAAGGGAGAAAAUUGAGGCAUGCACCAGGAAUUCUGUCAAAUCAAUGAUGCUGAUUUAUUUCUUGUGAAAGCCUUUUUAUUUAAGUUUAUUGUACUUUACCAAACACCUCUUGGUCUUAAGCAUUUGUUUUGCUGAAGGCUUGUAUCAUGGCAUAAAGAUGAUUAUUUUAUUAUUAUUAUUAUUAUUAUUAUUUUUUAUCUGACUGAUUAAUUUAAGCAGGCUGUGGUCAAAGCAUUGGCAUUGUGAUAUCUGGCAGAUUAAUACCCAAACAAAUGUCAUCAAUGACUAUCACUGCAGAUGAAGAGGGUUGGACUACUGACACUAAAUUAAUGACUUAAUUCAAGUUGCCUUUGGGAUUCAGACAGUUGGCUUUCUGUUUGUGUAGUUACUUUAUCCAGUUAUACAAGUAAAAGGAGAAAUCCCAACAAACUAAAUGGCCUGUUUAUUUGGUAUACAAUAAUUAGACUCAUGAGUUUAGAAGUUUUUGGAGCAGCAGUGUUAUUCAAAUGUCCUUACUGGAACAUGUUACAAUAUUUCAAUCAUUUAUUGCAAGUGUUCAUUUGUUUUCACGUUAAAGGCGUGCAUUUUGUCAAAUUAUUGUUGACAUGUUGUCAAAAUAUUUUUCAUUGUCUUUUUGUAUAAUAUUAUUCACUUUUAAAAAUAAAAUGUCAAAUAAAAUUAAUUAUUCAUUCUCUCAGAUACUGGUUUUCAGAUCGAUUUUAGCAAACUCUUAAUGCUCACCAUCAGAUUUAUAUGUGAUACAUUUAAUGUGAAAAAUAUAUACGUUCAAUAUCUCAACUUUCUCUGUCAUGACACAUCUGCCAUGUAUUGGGGUAAUUCUGAGUGCUUCUGUCUCUGACACAGAACAGUUCAUUAUAAUUCUCUCAUAGAGAUGUCAAGCAAGUUUAAGAAUUGUAAUUUUACUUAUGUGGUUUUGAAUGAGUUUAUCAGACCUAAAUUUGUUUGCAACGUGGAUAUGCAUCUUCUUAGUCCAGAUGAAUAUUGCAUUGUUAUUCUUUGUAACUAAAGUUUUAAGUAUAAUGUUAUAAGCUUGGAGGAAGGGGAAGGGUCUCUUGUGUUAGCAAUCACAUCACAGACUAUUUUUGGAGAGGGGAUAAUGAGUAAUUGCAGAUUCAUGAGAAUGUUGAAGUUUCAAUGGUUGGACCUUAGACUCUUUUUAGAUUCUAAUAACAAAUUCUUCACCCCUCAUUUACAUCAGUUUAAACAUUGUUUUGUAUAAUUGUAAGAUUGGUCAGUUAACAUUCACAAUAAAUAAAAUCUAUGGAUAUAUUUUUAUGAUGAUAUUUUGUAGAUGACCUAGCCUUUCAUGAUGUAUCAUCUGUGUAUUAGGGGAGGCCUGAAUAUUUUUCAAAUGUUUUAAGGAUGUGUAAAGAAAGCAAGUUGUACUUAAGUGUGUCUUGAAGUGGAGAGAGAAACUGUCAUACUAUUACCCCUUUCCAAACCUUUUUCGGUAUUUUGAAAUAUUUUGUUUUGUGGAGGUAGUGAUGUAUUUCUUUGUUUUCUUUUCAUGACAAGAGGUGUUUUUAAAUGUUUUUCUUUUUUUUUUUUUUUUUACAGAGAUCAGUUCUGCUGCCUCUCUCUCAUAUGUCACAUGUAUAGGCCUUUUAUUAAAUGGAAAUACAGAAGAUUUUUUUGACCACAACAAUUCAAGAAAGUUUUGACAUUUUUAUUAUUUGAGUAAAUAUAAGAGUGAAAUUGUAAACAAUAUAACAUGUUUACUCAUCAGUAUCUCAUAAUUGCAUUCUGGUUGUGUAUUAAACUUAUUGUUUCAAUGGCAGCAUGACCAAUAUAUGUGAAAUUGUACAUACUGUACUUUAAACUAUUGUGCAAUAUCACAAUUGUAUUUACUCCUGGAGACAUAUUUUUUACCUUUUGUUAUGAUGUCGACAAGUCAGGAAUGAACAGGACAAUACCUAUUAUAUUUAGAGCAACUCAGUUCUUGACUAGCUGUUUAACGUAAGAUAUUUGUAACUCAUUAUUGUGUGAGGCCUGAUUGCAAACAAGAGAAUUCCUCAUCAAUGUGGCUAUUCUUAUGGGAAGGGAAUAAAUAAA